ACGAUCCGUUUAUCGAUAAACCAAGUUUUGGUGAUAGUGAUGUGCGCCGAAUGCCGAGGGUUAAACGAUAAAUCUUGUGAAAUAAAAUGUGGCAUCGAUUUACGCAAAGAAAGGCACCAUGUCGGGGUGUUGGUGUUGGAGUGAUGCAUGCGUGCCGGCAGCAGCAGCAACAUCAGCAGCAGCAGCAGCAGCGUUUAACUUUUCUCACCGUAUUCGAAACGUCGGAAAAAAAAUCUCUAGAGGAAACCGAUUUGAUAUUUCGUCAUUGUUCGUAAACUUUGCUUCGCCUUGCCUCGCCUCGAUAUUACAACGUCAGAAUAUACACUUUGCACGUACUUACAAUCAGCGAAUCAACUCCACACCUGGAAAUCGAGAAGAGCCACAGAUGAAGUGAACCACUCUACAUGUGACGUGAAACUUGAAACAAUUUUCCUGGCUAUAGAGAUUCUUCGAAAAACUCAAGAACAGCUGGUCGAAAUCUUGGAACAUUAAUAAGUUUCAGAAGUGAACGUAAUCGAACAGCACAGACACUUGCCAUGAUUUAAAUAUUAGGAAUAAUAAGCAUGUUGCUCCCAGUAAUGGGUUGCAAAUUCUGGGAAUUGGAUCACAAUGGGAAAGCUCGACCAAUUGUGGGUCACAGGGCUACCAACAUCGUUGGUUGGUAGCGCCUAUUAGCGUGCAAAGUUUUUUUUUUUUUUUUUUCAAAUAAGUUGCGCUCAAAGACGAUGACGAUAUAAUUAAAGGUCAUCAAAUAACGUUUAAUUUAUUGAUGCCAAUAAUUGUUUUAGUUUAAAAGUGAUACGACUCCAUUCCUUGUUCACAGACAGACUUUAAAAACCAAUUAAGUUGUGUUAAACAGGAAGUGAAGCGGGGAGCUGAUUUCACCUUGCAUCACAAUUGAGUGUAAUACUUUUUCGAAUCUUUUAGUCCGAAGUAAUUUUUACAUGAAGUGCCGUUAUUGAUCUGACUAAAAUUGAUACACACUCGAUAUUUAAUAACUCUUAAACAUAACGAGUAAAUAACUGGUUUCUGUCGCUUUGUUUUAUCAAUUGUGUAAUAAAGCAGAAAGAUUUGUAAAUAAUUAUUUUAAUCUUUAAAAGGAAACCGAUUAAAGUUUGAGAUAAUUCGUGACCGCGAUAAACAUUAAUUCGAUUAAUUAAUCAAUCGAAAAAUAACAUUUAUGAAACUGUGGUACGAAAGUUUUCAUAACUUUUUCUUUUAACUAUUAAAACAAAUUUACAGAUGUUAAAAUUCCCUUGAUAAAUCCUGUAGAAGAAAGAAGUUGUGUUUAUGAUAGAUGAAAGUACACUGCGAAACCAUAAACACCAAAACAGUACCAAAUUUCAUAUAUUUUAUGUUCAUGUAUAAUAAAAAUCUUUUCGCUAUAAACAGUGCCGGGUUUUGUUUCUGUGUACACUGUUAUUGAAAGAGGUUGACUGUACUGAAAAUCAGUAAAAACAGAAUAUUUACGGUGUAUAUUGUUCAUCGGAUAGAAUUUGACGUGAUUCAAAAGGACAUUCCAACGUUGAAAGCAAGCAUAGUGGUAAAAUAAUUAUUUCUUGAAGAAAUUUAAUUAGCGAAAGCAUAAGUUAUUGCACCGUAAUUGUAGAUAACUAUUUAACAGUUCUAACUUUUAAACCGAAACAUUUGAAUCACUCAACAGCAUCUUUAGUUCGUGGUAUAAAAACGUGUAAAAACAUAAAUGAUCAAUUUGCAAAUGAGGAAGUGAAGAUAAUUAUUGAAACACACGACUUGGCAAAACUAAAAUUUGAUCCUCCAACUAAAUCAACGAUUUCAACAUGUCUGGACAGUAUCCAGGACAUAGUCGACCCCCCGUGGGCACACCACCACCUCAAACUGUCUGGAAUCAUCUAACCAUGGCACAGGGACAAGGGCUGAAUAUGCAUCCGACGGCAUUGCCUGGCGCGGCUUUGAAUGCUCCUGGAUUUUACACACAUCCAUCAAUGACACGAGCGUCGCAUUUGGCAUCUCAAUUGACUCCGCAACUAGCCCACACACAAGCGCCGCCAACUUGGCAUACACCAACAGUACCUUCUAAACCUGUAACGCCCUCGAGCGCAUCUGGAAGUCCUUUGUUUAGCUUACAAAUGUUGGUCGACAAUCGUCAGAACCAAAACCAGUACAGGAAUUCACCUGGCAGUCAGAGUACACUGGAUCUGUCGGCAACGUCAGAUAUUGCUGAAAAUUAUUCAAGGAUACCUCAAGAUAUACCGAUUAGUUUGACGGCCAGAAGUGUUGAUAAGAGCAGUAGAAACGGUAACAUCAUAUCACCACCGAUACCUUUGAACGGAGAAACCUCAUCUGACAGCGGUAUCAGCUCUUCAGUGCCGACACCAAAUUCUAUCAGUGAACCUGUUUCCUUGUCUACAAAGGAAAUAACAACGCCUAAAAUUACAGUGAAAAACUUUGAAAGCAAUUUGAAGGGUGUUGCCAAUCUUCAUGACAAAGUUAAAGACCUGAAUAUGGAUAACUUUGCUCAAAAAAUGAUGAACUUGCCACCUAGUGUAACCAUCGAAAGGGUAUCGACAGAGAAGAAGGAUCAUGAAGUAUUAAAGUCCAAAGAUUCGUUGAGCGUAAUUGCGCAAGGACCUCGAAGUAUAUUACCUGUUAUUGUUAAUUUAACAUCAAAAACGGCAGAACAUAGGGACGUGACGGACAGUCCAAGGAGAGAAACGAAUGAGAUGGACAGAAAGGUGGAAGAAUGUAGCGUACGGUCACCAAAACAUCCUCUUAAACGUGGUAAAAAGGGGGUUGAUUCGUUGCUGGAAAAAUUGGAGGGAGGUAACAAGAAAUUAGGCUGUAUGGAGAACAUUGGCUCGGUUAUUGUAACUCCGAUUGAAGAGAAGGACGCGUGUAGCAUAAAGAGCAUGUCGCCUGAACGUCAAAAAUCCAAAUCGCCAAGUAGAGAGGAUGAAGUAAUAUCACCGUCGUUUAGUAACGACGAUUCUAAUGACAACGGUAAACAACGUAGGAAAAGAAAAUUAGAAAAACCUGUCAGGUUAAGCAAAGAUUCAAAAACUGAGGUCGAAGAUAUGGAACUUGAACCGACCGAACCGUCCGUGCCAAGAAUGUGCGAACCAAUACCGGAAAAAGCAAACUCUCUACCAAUUCCAAAGCAAGAGGAAAGGAUAGAAGAAAAUCAGCCUAUCAGAAGGCGGAGAAGCAGUGAAGGACCAGCGUCUAAUGUACCUCCGAAUAAUCAAAGAGCAAGAAGAAAAUCUAGUGACGAUGCGACGGAAUUUUCCAAGGUUACAAGCCCGAAGGGUAUUGCCAAUGCGAACCCGUUCAACGAGGUCGAAUCUGAGUUGGAAAAAAUGUUUGCCGGCAUUGUGGAAACUGAUGCAGAAUCGAAGGAGGAUUUACCGAAAGUCGAGUCCAUGAAUACGGAGAAAGAAAACGUGGUAAAUGUUGACAUUACGGAAAACGAAAUGGAGGCUCAAGACACUAAAGCAAUGGAUGUUACAUCAACGGUAGAAACGAAACCGUCGCCGAAAAAGACAAAAAAAGGCAAAGGCAGAGGUGGUAAGAGAAAAAUAUCAAGAUCCGCAGAUGCAAUAUUUGGCAGCGAUAUUGGCGAUUUGCCGCAAAAAGAAACUAAGAAAAAACGGGCGUCUAAAAAUGCUAAAAAACAAGAUAUAUCGAAGAAAACCAAGAAGACGACAAAAGUCGAUGGACUUAGAGAAAUGGCCUAUGACUCCGGCUCCAAUGCAAGUUCCAUCAGGUCCCGCGGACCUGUGGUUCAUGUCGAGGGACCAAGGGACAGUCCUUUGAGUGUUCAAGUGGUGAACGCCCCACGGGAAGAGGAGGAGGAGAAGAGUAAAGAAAAACGGAAAAGUGUGGGAAAUGGUAAUACUGGACGCAGCAAGAGGCUGAGCCAUCAAAAUGAUCUUGAUUACCGUGGAAAAGUGAGCAGAGCUGGUCUAUUCAGUUCAACCCUAUCUUCUCGGUACGACGCUCAUACCACAGAUUCAACGUGGGUUUGCGUCUUCUGUAAGCAAGGACCACAUUCUGUUGUUCCUGGCGAUCCGGCAAGGCCACACCCAAAUUUAUCAGGUCCUCACAUCGCUGCUGGAACCUACAUGGUUCCUGCCGGCGUUUUGAGCGAUUUGUUUGGCCCCUAUUUGAUAGGAAAAGAACGGCUCGAGGACGGGGUGAUGUCCGCUGACGAACAGGAAAUAACUACGGAACAAAAAAAGGGUGGAAAAAAUAAGAGGAGUUUAAGACAUGCAGGAUUGGCUGAUCAAUUUGCAGCUAAAAUGGGUAAAAAAAAAAGAAAUUCCAUCGAGGGAGGAAUUAAUACGAUGUUGACGGGAAUGACGCAGCUUCCUGGAGAGGAACAACGGUGGGAAGUAUGGCUUCACGAACAAUGUGCAGUCUGGGCUGCGGGUGUUUAUAUGGCAGGCGGACGAGUAACGGGACUUCAAGAAGCUGUCUGGGAUGCUGCGAAAUCGGUUUGCGAUUCGUGCGGUUUUACUGGGGCCAACAUCGGCUGUGUGAAGCGAGGUUGCCGCAGCGUAACUCACUACCCCUGUGCUCUCACCAAGGGCUGGCUUCUCGACACGAAUCAGUACAUACCCAAAUGCAACCUACAUCGAGUUACGUGAAACUUUGGUGGGUCGGUAAACAGGGAAAAAAUUGUGUAACAUCGUUAAAAUAUAAGGACUAUAAAACGUUUUAACCACGUUUAUAAAGUAGAAAUUGUGUAUGCGAAAAAACGGAUGCCGGAAAGAUGUUAGAAAAGGAAUGGUACGUGGACAACGAGUUGUCACGUUUAUAUUAGUAACGUCUAUUUACCUCUAAUAGAAAUUUUUCCUGUCUCUCGAGUAAUUAUGUAUAUUUUACUGAAACUCUGUGCGAAACGGUUGACUUUAAUAUUUGAACUUUAUCAUCGUUUGCUUGAUACAGCGUGAUAAGUAAUAAGUUAUUCCGCAAAUCUGGAUUGUGUUACAAAGCAUGAAGGCAGACCCGAAGGCUGUAAAGUCCAAGUGAUGUAAAAUAAUUUUUUUUUUUUUUAUUUUCUGCCUAAAUCAGCGAUUUGGCGUAAUCAUAAUCUGAAAUUUAAGUAUACAUUUGUUUUUGGUAUAUAUCUGCGAUUCAUUGCUAUCUCCUUGUGUAUUAUUUUCGUAACAACUUACAGCACUUCAAUUUAAAUGGUAUAAGUUUCAAAAUGGAAUGUGUUUCAAUGGGUCUUGAGUUAAUAUUUCACAUAACCCAAUUCUAUUACAGGAAAAAAAAUUCAAAUCACAGACGGCCGAGGUGUGAGGAUUUAUUUAGCGAUGCCUCUUGUAGUCGCAGAUGGUUUCUAAUGUGAUAAGUAUUCCAAAUUAUUUCGAAGUAGGUAUCUGCUAUAUGAGGAAAGCAUUAUUUGAAAAUUUGAUUGGAAUAAAGCAGUUGUUCGAAAAUCUCGUUUUUAUCCAUCUGAACUCGACUGAAAUGUUCCGUAAUAUUGUUUUUCUACCCAUAUUGUCUAUCAUUUCGUGAAGGACAGAAAGACGUUGACAUGUUUUCUAGUGACCAGUCCCAAAAGUUUGUGUAAAAAUGUUAAUCUGCUGAUAGAAAACACUGGUUAGUCAAAUAUAGAGAGUUGAAUAAAUCAUGUAAUGGCAGCUGUUACUGUAUAUUCUCAUUUAUAACUUUACUAGACUUUUUUACACAUCUAUAAUUCUAAAUAUACAACAGCAACAAAGUGAUUUUGUUUGUAAUAUUAUUGGAAUGUGGACAACAAAUCAGCUAUUAAUAAUAGAUAGAAGAAUUUUUAUUAUAAGAAUAAUUCGGUCACUGGAAAACAGGUAAAUUUAAAAUGCCCGCCCUCACAGAGGUAUUGUUUAUUUUUAUUUAUUUUUAUUUUAUUUUAUUUUUUUGCGCAUUUCACUUCAUUUGAAAACACUAAUGUUACUUCUCGUUGAUCUAGAUAACUAUACCUAAUGCUAUAAUCAUGUUUUAAAGAUGUCUAAUCCAGAAACAGGUGAGACACAGGACAAUGUAAAGUAUAUUGACUGUAACCUGAAGACAUUUACCUAAAUGAAAGCAAUUAUAUACUUAUAAUUAGUGCUGCAAGUCUGCUGUAUUCAGUUUUUUUUUUUUUUUUCCAUAAAACAUAAAGUUUUACUGUAAGUAUCAAGAAGAAAUAAUAUAUUGUGAAGUAACGAAGUUCAAUCAUCGAUUGCGUUUAAAUUAUUGUUAUACAUUCAUUUUCAUAUUUCGAAUUUUACGAAAUGGAAUAUGCAUGAUCUUAUGCAAGUACACAGCACUGUUGUACAGCAUAAAUGAAUAUUUUUUUCUUUGUUUUUUUUCUACAGAGCAAGGGAGUCGAAUUGAACAAAUUCAUUUACUGACCCGCUAGGGUUUUUAUACCUUUGCUUGAAAAUUUCAAUUACAGUAGUAUACAAAUCAAUUUCAAAGUUUUAUAUGUAUGGAUAUUUUUUUCUUAAGCAUAGUACGUCAUCAAUGAAUUCCUAUUGUACAAGGAAUUGGCAGGGGUUUAGUUUUGUAGUUAAAACUGUAAUCGCAGUUUUUAUAGACAUUGACAACCAUUGUCCAGUGAUUGGUAGUAAUAUAUUUAAAACAAGCUUAGGAAUCAGAAUAAUCAUUUAAUUAUUAGUUAUAUUAUACGUCGUACAAAACAAGGAAAACAGAUUUUUGCUACGAUAAAGGUAAAGAGCUAAGUUCUGGCAUAUUGGAAAGGAAAUUGUAAAAAAUGAAUAAUAAUAAUAAUAACAAUAAUAAAUAUAUAGGUAUUGUAAAUAUAUACUUUUAUUUCAUGUAGGCCGAAGUAUAUCUAGCAUAGUUUGUUUUUUCUCCCCCCGUUGAGGUAAUUAAAAUAAUAAUCAUUUUUAAGUUAUAGAUUUAUAAUUAAAAACAAAUAAAAGAAAAUUGAGAAAAUUAUCAGAGAUAAUGAUUCUUUGUACAUAAUAACGUUGUGUAAAAAGGAUAAUGAAAAAACAGCAUUUUAUUUAGAAGCAUAAUAUUCAUUUGUAAGUAGAUUACAUGGGUUAUUUUUAAAACAGUGACUAAAUAGACUACACCAUCAUUUAGUUACUUAUCUUGACAGAAAAAAACAAUUUAUCGCAAAGCCAUAAUGAAACCAAGGUUUCGAAUAUACAGUAUAUGCGUGUACAAAUUAUGUUCCAGCGUUUGUGAAAUAAUUCUCAUUACGAAUGAUUCGCGAGUGUACAUUAUGCGUGACACAAGGUGUAAAAUUAUUUGACUAUCCCUUAACAACGUCGCACUUUUUUCAUGCUCUUCUAUUUAACAUGCGUAAAAUAAUUUUCGUUUAUCAGAUUAAUUAUAUGUAACUUAUAGAUAUUACGAACGCCAGCCACUAAUUAGUCACGGUUUUGAAUUUCCAAUGUUACUAGGUGACAGGCCUUUUAAAUUUAUAGAAAAAUUAAAAAAAAAGACGAUAUCUAUACGAAACAAACAAGAAAACAGUUAAAAUUAUGGUUUAGGUCUGUUAGUAAGGAAUAAUAACAAAACGCUUAUACAUAUACUAUAUUCUAUGAUCAUGUAUGAAAGGGAAGCAAAAUUUUAUCCUAGGAAAAAUUAUAAUACGUACCUACUUGUGAUAUAACAGAUAUCUGGAAAUAAUGAUGAUGAUGAUGAUGAUGAUGUGUUUAAAUGUGUUUUUUCACCUUAUUUUUUUCAUGAAGAUACAAUUUCUUUUUUUAUUUUUUUUUUCCAUCUUGUUCAAAUAAUUAAUUAUGUAAAGUAUCAGACUAUCUAGUGAAAAUUACGUGUGGUCCGAGCAAAUGAGAAUAAAAUUGAGUUUGAUGUGUGUAAAAAUAAAAUAGAAAAAAAACAACAAAAAAAAACAUGAAUUAAAAUAUAACAAAAAAUUAGAACUUGGUACAUAAAAUGCUAAGUGAAAUGUAGCGUAAGGCUUGGAAAUGAUAGUUAAGCAAGGAAGUAAUUAUCAGGAAAGCAAUUUCUUUAAUUACAGAAUAAACAGAAAAGAAUUGACACAACAAAACAAUAAUAAAAGCAAAAGCCUAAUACCCCUAAUUUGUAUAAAAGUUUACUAUUAUACAUCUGUAAAAAGUGUAGCGGAUUCUUAUAAUUCCAAAAAAGAAACAAAAAGAUGAAAUUUGAAACAAAACAGUAACAAUCGAAUGUAUGUCUUGUGGAAAAUUGAUCAAAAAUGAAAGAGGAAAAAACUAAUACAAACGAGAACUGUUAAUUA